CCCCCCCCCCCCCCCCCGCCCCAAAGCUGAGGUGUGUUACUGCUGCACUGAGGCUGAUGAAGAGACUUGAGUACUCCCUGGGAUGCUCAGCUGUGACAGAAGCACUGCCACUGUCUACCGAAGCUGAUUCUGAGACUCUCAUGAGCAGAGUUUAGCAGAUGCUGGGCAGGGCACCUGCUUGCUGUAGCCAAGGCUGCAGGUUCCUUUAAUUCCAAGCCAUGAAUGAAUCCAGGGGAAUUGAAUGGAGGAUCCUGAACAUGAGCAGUGGCACUUUGAAUGUGUCUGAACGUCAUUCCUGUCCACUUGGAUUUGGCCACUACAGUGCGGUGGAUGUCUGCAUCUUUGAGACAGUUGUUAUUGUCUUGCUGACAUUUUUAAUCAUUGCUGGGAAUUUAACGGUCAUUUUUGUCUUUCACUGUGCUCCACUCUUACACCAUUAUACGACCAGCUAUUUCAUUCAGACGAUGGCAUAUGCUGAUCUUUUCGUUGGAGUUAGCUGCUUGGUUCCUACUCUGUCACUUCUGCACUACUCCACAGGUAUCCAUGAGUCACUGACUUGCCAGGUUUUUGGAUAUAUCAUCUCCGUUCUAAAAAGUGUUUCUAUGGCAUGUCUUGCUUGCAUAAGUGUGGAUCGCUAUCUUGCAAUAACCAAGCCUCUUUCCUACAAUCAACUGGUCACCCCUUGUCGCCUGAGAAUUUGCAUUAUUUUAAUCUGGAUCUACUCUUGCCUAAUUUUCUUGCCUUCGUUUUUCGGCUGGGGGAAACCUGGUUACCACGGUGACAUUUUUGAAUGGUGUGCCUCUUCUUGGCUCACCAGUGCCUAUUUUACUGGCUUUAUAGUUUGUUUACUUUAUGCUCCUGCUGCCUUUGUUGUCUGCUUCACUUACUUCCAUAUUUUCAAAAUUUGCCGGCAGCACACCAAAGAAAUAAAUGACCGGAGGGCCCGAUUCCCUAGCCACGAGGUGACUGCCUCUGGAGAGACUGGGCAUAGCCCUGACCGUCGUUAUGCCAUGGUCUUGUUUCGGAUAACCAGUGUGUUUUACAUGCUGUGGCUCCCCUAUAUCAUCUACUUUCUUCUCGAAAGCUCCCGGGUCUUGGACAAUCCAACACUAUCCUUCCUAACAACCUGGCUUGCUAUAAGCAAUAGUUUUUGUAACUGUGUAAUAUACAGCCUCUCCAACAGUGUUUUCCGGCUAGGCCUCCGAAGACUGUCUGAGACAAUGUGCACAUCUUGUAUGUGUGUGAAGGAUCAGGAAGCACGAGACCCCAAGCCGAGGAAACGGGCUAAUUCCUGCUCCAUUUGAAGAGAACUACAAAGUAAAUCAAAUGUAAUCUGACAGUGGUUUUGGAUUGUAUUCUUGAUCCACCUGGAAAUUUGCCACCAGAGAAAUAUUUACUUGAAUGGUUGACUAUGAGAGGAAGGGACUAACAGUUUCUUUUUUUUUCUUUUUCUCCUUUUUCAUGGGAAAAAAAUGAAAGAAAAAGAUGUACAGAGGGUAAUCUCAUGAGGUAAUUGUAGCGUGUGAGUAUAAAUGUGCAGUAAUAGGAACAAUUAAGCACUGAGGAUGAAGAAGUGUCUCAAAUCUUCCACAGGGCAUGAGCAAAGCCCCUGGCAUCUGUCUCUCUGACUGGACUCUCCUCUGUCUCUGUCUCUCAUUCUGUCUGUCUCUGUCUCUCUCACUCUUUUUGUGUUUAUGGAAAUUACUUACAUAAAUUGCCCUUUAUAGAAAAAUGCUACAUAUUAUAUAUGUGAUAAUGCAUAAUCUUUUGCAUCAAAGUGUACUUUUAAACUCACUAAUCUACUCUGUAAGUUGUCUCUCUAUGGAGGAUGCCUAGUAAGCAUUGUGUUUUAUUACUUGCCACAUAACCCUUUUGCUUGUGUUUUUAUAUUAUCUGCAGCACAAAAUUUUUGCUAUGAACAAAGAAGAAAAAGUGAUUUUGUUUUUCUAGGUAAAAUUAUGCUCCCUCUUCCUUCCUAACAGCCUGCUAUUUUUUCCUCCAUUUUUCUUGAUCUGUAUCCUUUGGUACCUUAAUCCAGAAGUGUCUUAGCUAAUGAAAGAAUCUACUAUAUAAAACAGUCAUAAUGUUGAAUAAUUUAUUCCUUCCAACAAAACAUUCUAUCGACUGUUUGAGAUAUUGAGUUAAGUAUUUUUAAUGGCUUUAGGAAACAUUUUAGUUUGAUUACUUUUGAAUUAGUUCAUGUGUCCAAAGUGGUGUCUUUUUUUCUGUUGUUGCUAUAGUUAAGCUUUGCAUUCCUUUAAGAAAAUUCAUAAAUAAUUCUAAUGCAGAUGCAGGGUACUCACUCAGAAAUGAGGAAUCUCUCUUAAAGCUAGUUGGUAUAUCUGUGUGUCCUUUUGUUUUUGUUUUUUGUUUUUUAAGAGUAAAACAUUAACUUUUUUGUGUUAGGUCUACAAAGCUUCCUAUUGUGUCUACUAAUUUACUAAUUAUUUGUAUGGUAAUGCAUUUGCACAUAAUAUAUUUUUUACAACAAAGAAAAUGUAAAUUACAUUAUGUGAUAUGUGCCUAAUGUUUU